UUACUUCUUCUGCUUUAUACCAAACUAUGAAACCAAUCAUAUCUUCUUUCUUUGCUCUCUCUUUGCUUUCUUCACUCGCAACAUCAUCACUAUCAGCGCAUGCCCAUCAAUGCCACUUCCCCGCAAUCUUCAACUUCGGCGACUCUAACUCCGACACCGGCGGUCUCUCCGCCGCUUUUGGCCAAGCUGGUCCUCCUCACGGCGCUUCUUUCUUCGGCCUACCCGCCGGGAGAUACUGCGACGGUCGCCUCGUUAUUGACUUCAUAGCGGAGAGUCUUGGAUUGCCAUAUCUAAGCCCGUUUCUAGACUCUGUUGGUUCAAACUUCAGCCAUGGAGCCAACUUUGCGACGGCAGGAUCUCCGAUCAGAGCUCUCAACACCACUCUUCGUCAAAGUGGAUUCAGCCCGUUUUCACUCGAUGUUCAGUUGGUUCAGUUCUACAAUUUCCACAACAGAUCACAAACAGUUCGCAGUCGCGGAGGAAUUUACACGACGAUGUUGCCUGAAGCAGACAGCUUCUCUCAGGCGCUGUACACUUUCGACAUCGGUCAGAACGAUCUCACCGCUGGUUACUUCGCCAAUAAAACAGUCGAACAAGUUGGAACCGAGGUUCCUGAGCUCAUCAGCCAGUUCAAGAAAGCUGUCACGAAUGUUUACAAACAAGGAGGGAGAUACUUCUGGAUUCACAACACAGGACCUAUCGGUUGUUUAGCGUAUGUGAUCGAAUGGUUUCCGAUUAAAGCAUCAGACUUUGAUCCACACGGAUGUGCCUCUCCAUUGAACCACUUAGCGCAACGAUUCAAUCAUGCCUUGAAACAAGCCGUGAUCGAGCUCAGAGCUUCCUUGCCUAAAGCAGCCAUUACUUACGUAGAUGUCUACUCUGUUAAAUAUGAACUGUUUGUUCACGCGCAAGGUCACGGGUUCAAGAGAUCGUUGGUUUCGUGUUGCGGUCAUGGAGGGAAGUACAACUACAAUAGGAACAUUGGGUGUGGGAAGAAGGUGAUUGUGAAAGGCAAAGAGAUGUACAUUGGAAAGCCAUGCGACGAGCCUGACAAGGCCGUUGUGUGGGACGGUGUGCACUUCACGCAGGCUGCUAACAAAUUCAUCUUCGAUAAGAUCGCAACCAGAUUGAGCAUGGCCUGUCACAGGCAGUGACAAGUGACCACAACAACAACAACAAGAAAGAAGCUUCUUUUUCUUUUGUGAGUUUGUUUGUAAGUUCUUAGAAAGGAACCUGUGUUUUGAUUGUCACUGAUUAAUGAACUUAUUAAGAAGGGAAUAAGAUUUUUUUGGUGAGAA